CAACUACACCACCUCCGCUUUGCUGAUGACAUUGUUUUAAUAACAUCAAACAUCAGCCAAGCGGCACAAAUGCUGGCUGACUUUGACCGAGCAUUUGGCAGGAAAACUGGUCGUAGUAAGAAGUGGAAGGAGAUGCUGAAGCUCCCCCCUGUGUCUCAGUGCCUUGAGCUGAGACAUUCCAUUGAAAAGGAUUAUUACAGUCUUUGUGAGAAGCAGCCAAUAGGACGCCUUCUCUUCCGGCAGUUCUGUGAAUCCAAGGUUGGCUUGAAGAGCUGCAUUGAAUUCCUGGACGCAGUGGCAGAUUAUGAAGUGACUGCUGACGACAGCCAAAGAGACUAUGGAUUGUUCGUCUUAGAUAAUUUCUUUGGUAAAAAGACACCUGCAGUUCUUUUACCAGAAAUCCCUCAGCCUGUGGUGUCAAAAUGUCAAUUGAAGCUAAAGGAGAAACCUUCCAGAGAAGUCUUUGAGGAGUGUGCGAGAUCUGUCCAUAACUAUUUAAGUGGAGAACCAUUUAAAGAAUACCAAGAAAGUGCAUAUUUUUAUCGAUUUUUACAGUGGAAAUGGCUAGAAAGGCGCCCAAUAACAAAGAAGACGUUUCGAUAUUACAGGAUUCUAGGAAAAGGUGGUUUUGGAGAGGUUUGUGCCUGCCAAGUGAGGGCUACAGGGAAGCUGUACGCCUGUAAAAAACUAGAGAAAAAGAGAAUCAAGCAGAGGAAUGGGGAAGCCAUGGCUCUGAAUGAGAAGAGGCUUCUAGAAAAGGUGCACAGCAGAUUUGUGGUCAGCUUAGCCUACACGUAUGAGACCAAAGCCUUCUUGUGCCUGGUGCUGACCAUCAUGAACGGAGGUGACCUCAAGUUCCACAUCCACAACCUGGGGAAGCCUGGCUUUGAGGAGGAGCGUGCUGUGUUCUAUGCGGCCGAGCUGUGCUGCGGCCUGGAGGACCUGCAGAGGGAGCGGAUCGUGUAUAGAGACUUAAAGCCCGAGAAUAUUCUCCUGGAUGAUCGUGGACACAUCCGGAUUUCAGAUCUUGGGUUAGCCAUUGAGAUCCCAGAGGGGUCAAUGGUUCGAGGAAGAGCUGGAACCGUCGGCUACAUGGCUCCUGAAGUGCUCAGUAAUGAAAAGUACACGUUUAGUCCUGAUUGGUGGGGACUUGGCUGUGUGAUAUAUGAAAUGAUUCAGGGACAUUCUCCAUUCAGAAAAUUCAAAGAGAAAGUCCAGCGGGAGGAGGUGGACCAAAGAGUGAAGAAUGACACUGAAGAGUAUUCCAAGAAGUUUUCUGAGAAUGCCAAAUCCAUCUGCAGGAUGUUGCUCACCAAGAAUCCCAAGAAUCGCCUGGGGUGCCAGGGCAAAGGGGCAGCUGAAGUGAAAGAACACCCCAUCUUCAAGAACAUCAACUUCAAGAGGCUGGAAGCACAUAUGCUUGAGCCCCCUUUCUGUCCUGAUCCACAAGCCGUGUACUGUAAGAAUGUCUUGGACAUCGACCAGUUCUCCGCAGUGAAAGGCGUCCACCUUGACUCCUCCGACACCAGCUUCUACGCCCAGUUUGCCACAGGCUCUGUCUCCAUCCCCUGGCAGAAUGAGAUGAUCGAAUCUGAAUGCUUCAAGGACAUAAAUGAACUCUACAAUGAGAAAGGCCUGGAUGAUGAGAACAAAUAUGCAUCUCCCUCAUCAAAGAAAGGCUUCUUCUAUAGAUUCUUCAGAAGUAGAUCUUAUCUUUCUACAGCAUAAAAGCCUAACUUCAUGGCCAGGAAGGUGUUGGAGCAUCUGCUUUACGUGUGGGAACCCCGGGCAGGAUCUCUGGAACCACAUGCUUCCGUUUUGUCCCCAGCACUGAGCUUGGAAUGGCCCAGAACACUUCAGUUCAAAAAUCAAAACCGAAUAAAAAGCCAAGCCUCAGGGAUGAAAAUCUCUGGCUCUUUUACAAGCCCACA